AAAAAAAUAGUAUAACAAAUAUGAGAUGUGAUUUAAAUAAUAAUUUUCGAAAUAAUUUUAACUGUGAAAUAAAUAUAAAUUAUUUCUCUACUAUUUUAGAGUACAAUAUGCGUUCAUGAAAAGGCUGAUAUUGAGUUAUUCGCAGAAAAAGCACAAAUACAAAAUGUAAUUAUUUGUUCAAGUUUAACUCAUGUAGAAUGUGCUUUAAAACUUCCAAUACAUCAACAUCCAAUAUUGCUAUUAGGCUGUAGAAAAAAAAUUGAAGGCUAUAGAAUUUCUAAACUUGAUUUGUGUUCUCCAUGUGUAACAAUUGUACCUAAAUGGAGAGAAAUUCCGUAUGUCACGGUAAAAAAUAAACUUUAUUAUUAAAAUAGUAGAGAUAUUUUAUUUUUAUGUGAACAAAUAUUUUUCAUAUCCAUUUUGCAGGAUAAGAAAGAUCUAUGGACAAUACCAGUUGGUGAGACAACUAUGUUAUAUGUAGUAACUUAUACUACAUUUUUAUUAACAAUGUUAUGUACAAUAUAUCUUAUACAAACAAUUUGGAAAUCUAUACCAAAGCAACAUCUAAAACAUGACUGAAAUAUUAAACAAACUUGUUUGUAUAAUAUAAUUAUCAAUCGUUAUUAUAUAUAUACUUUCGUAAUAAAUAUUAAAUAUAACAUACAUAAAUAUACACAAACAUUUAUAAAUAAAAUAGUGAAAAUAAUGAUAUGCCCAUAAAAUCACAGUAUUUACAAUACAUUUUAUAAAUUACAUAUUCUUCAGUAUCAUAGCAAUAUCACAACUUUUUUUCUAAAUCCAUUUUUUCAGUAUCUUUUACUUUUUGCAUAUAUCCAUUUUCCACUGAUGAUUCAAUUGUAAUUGCACUCAUGGAAAUAUUUUUUUCCUUUACGGGAUCAUUCCAUUGCUGAAUUUAUAUAGAUGUACCAUAGAUGUACCAAACACAAUAAAAAUAAAAUUUCCAACAAAAUAUAUUGCAGAUGUUAAAAAGAACAUAUUUCUCCAUUCUUCAGGAUUUUCCUAAAAAUUUAAGAAUAAAAAAUUAUCGAAUUCUUAUCAUUUGGAUUAUUUGUUAUUAAUUAUUUUUCAUAUAUUAUUACAUUUUAAUAAUUACAGUUAAUUAUAUUAGUAAACCAUUAAUAUCAAAAGGUUUUGAUAUAUAG